AUGAAAAGCGAAAAAAAGAGGAAACACAAAUUAAAAGCAAAGGAAAAGGAACUGUAUGUCACAACCCGUAACAGCUACUUUCCGGCAACGCAAAUGAUUUUUUCGGAAAGGGACAGUGCAGACGAAGAAGAAAAUGUAUCAAUUAGUAGUGAUUCGAGCGCAAGUGAUAAUGAAAUUCAAUCAGGAAAUGCGAAUAAGAAAUCAAUUGAAAAAACAUCGAAUAAAGCAGAAGUUGGAAACAAACAGAAUAAUAAAAGUGAUUUUGCAUCUAGAGAUUCUGAAGUCAGAUUAAAAAAGAAAAUUGACGAAAACAAAACAGAAAUAGUUUUCGUUGAUACACAUAAAAACGAUAGCUUGGAUGAACUGAAUUCGAACAAUCAAUUAUUUGAUAAUUACAUUAAAAACACCGAUAAAAAUUUUAGACAAUACGUCGCUAUCACCAGCACAGUGAAGACCAGAUACGACAAAAUUCGAUCAGACAAAAAAGGGCAGAAAUAUCUGGAAUCCAACGAUACGAGGUACAAUUUAGUGAAUCAUAAAGUUAAAACAACGAAACGGGUCAAGAAGAUUCUACGAGCAGAAACGUUUGCAAACUUCUGGGACGACAUCAAAAACAAUAAACCAAUAAAGUUGGAAACUCAAGGGGAAAUCGAAUAUGAAGUUUUGGACGGUCGAAAUAAGGCAAAAGGCAGUUUGACUGAAAGAGUAAUAACAGCUGCGAGAAAAAACGAAGAGAAAGAAAAUAGAGUGGAAACCACUGAAGAGUCAUCUGAAAAUGGAGACUUAAGUAAAGAAAUCUUCACGACCAGCGUUCUCAGACACGCGUAUGAAGACGCGUGUUUGAGGCAUGUCGUCAAAAAUUGUUAUACUGCCUGCAAAAAAACGAAGAAAUCCUUCUGCGGCAAAUACAGAUGCAAGUCCGCAUUCAAAACUGAAUUUCUCUCUGCAGCGAGGACCGGAUGUCUCAGAGAGUUCCAAGGGAAUCUGGUCAACAGUUCAUCUUCAGCUGAAAUCGAAAAGGAGCCAGCAAGAGAUCGACAAUUAGACACGUUCUGUUUGUCGCGUUUGCAUUCCGAACAUGAAGCGUUGAAACUCAGCGAAAACACAACUAAAAACAUAAUGAAUUCUAAUUCUUUUGGUAAUGUACAUAUUCUGCGCGAUAAAUAUGAAAAAGCCUGCAAGGAACAUUCCGUGGAAAAGUGCCGAAACGCUUGCACGUUUAGUUCGAAGGAAGCUUGUAAGAAAUCGGAUUGUGAUAAUUCGAAAACGAAGACUCUAAGGAGAUCUUGUAAAACUCAAUGCAGGUCCGCCUUCAAACUGUAUUCUGAAGAUUCGAGCGAUUCCGAUAGCAGCAGUAGUAGCAGUAGUGAGAGCAGUAGCAGCAGUAGCAGUAGCAGCAGUGAUGAUAACGAUAGCAACACGUCAAGAAGCGAUAGAAGUGAAGAUAAGACAAAGAAAACAAAGAAAAAUAAUUGA